UUCAUGGCUCAUCAAAUAAUAUAAGGGAUUUCUUCUACCUGUAUAUCGAUUUCAAAAGGCGGGAAAAUGAGCGCACAGCUGACCAUUGCACUUCAAUUGACAGUUGCUCCUGUAAUAGCGUCUUCUGAGUUAUUUGUUGCAAUAGAAAUAGGAGAGCCCAAAAGUUCUUAGUUUAAUUUUUAUGUAAUUGUGAAGUACUCCCAACUCCUGGUGAAAUGGCAUCCUGUUUGAGAAGGAUCGCGGAGGAAAUUAACAAACGAACAAAUUUUAACUGGGAUUUACCUUACAAAGAUGAAUUUGUUAAGCUUUUGCUUACUUUGGAUUGCGAAGAAAAGCUUCUACUGAACAAAUAUUUUCGCACGCUAGAAUGGAACGUUGGAAGUAGCACUGUGCUGGUAAUCCUACAAAACUGCAAAGUCAUAACUGCAUCCGAAUAUAUUUUAACGCAAGAAGAUGAUGAGCAUGUUCAACUUGUUUUGAAUGAUUUCCUAGAAGCGAAAUUCGAAUUGCUCGCGGAUAUUCUCAGAAGUUGUUAUUAUGAUUUCGUCAACUCGUCAAAACUCACAAUCAUUUUGGAAGAAUGUUUCGGCCGAUUGUUCCGUGACCUAUGCAGGAAACCAAAUUUGAUGGAUACAAAUUACAUUUCUGAAUUAAAAGCUAUUAAACUCGAAGGUGAAAUUAUGACAAUGCUUAAGCAAAUGCAUGUAAACGCGCUCCUACAGGAGGAAAAGACCACACUUAAGAACGCUCUCUCGAAUUUGCAUGUCUGGCGAGCCACAGUACCGAAAGGGACAUUUUUACAUACAUUAUUGAGUGAACUUAUAGAGGGCGAUAAACAAAUGGCAGAGUAUGUUUUUAAAAAAACGAUGGAGCCUGAUUUCGAAGGAUGGAAAUACUAUGUAGUGUUAAUUUCAGUAUUUUCUGAGAAUUGCGACAGUUCUGGUGCCUCUGAAAUCAAAAAGCAUAUAAAGGAACUGUUCAAACAAUUUGUAAAGGAAAAAGAUUUAAAACUCUUCUAUACUAUGCUGCUCACCGCCCGGAUAGUGUAUUCGGGCUUAUUUCCGAAUUUCGAAACAUACCAACAAUGGUUCAAAACAACAAUUGGUGAAAUGAAUUACUCGGUGAAUGCUCAAGAAUUUAAAAGUGUAAUGUCAGCUCUAACUGACGCUUUGUCUAUGGAGGCUGAGUGCUCAUUUCUAGAGGUACAAACAAAUACAGCAAUUUCUGCGCCACCAUUGUGUAAUCAGUUGGUGUUAAUAUACAAAAAACGAUGUCGACGACGACUAGCAUUAUUGAAAAACGAGGAUGUGGAGCCAUCUUUCGAUAUGGAUGAAAGUAUAAUUAUCGACGAUUGAAUUUUAUGCACAUUCGACUUAAUUAUGCAAGCUGUGAUCUGAUGCAUGUACUAGUAGAGGAUAGCACUCAAUAUCCAUUCAAUAAAGAAAUAAUUCGUU